AUGCAGCGCAGCAGCGGUCUGCGCCCAAAACGUCGGUUCGCCUUAGGCCGCACCGAGGACGCCGUCCACCCUGACGCCAUGCGCGCCGUCCUCUCCGAGUUCAUCGCCACUGCCCUCUUCGUCUUCGCCGCCGAGGGCUCCGUUCUCUCCCUCGGGAAGCUGUACAAGGACGCGUCCACGCCCGGCGGACUGGUGGUGGUGGCCAUCGCCCACGCGCUCGCCCUCGCCGUGGCGGUGUCCGUCGCGUACAACGUCUCCGGCGGGCACGUCAACCCGGCCGUCACCCUCGGCUCGCUCGUCGGCGGCCGGAUUUCCCUCAUUCGGGCUCUGUUCUAUUGGGCCGCCCAGCUCCUCGGCGCCGUCGUCGCCGCUCUCCUCCUCCGCCUCGCCACCGGCGGCAUGAGGCCGGUGGGGUUCGUGGUGGCGUCGGGCGUCAGCGACUGGCACGCUGUGCUGCUGGAGAUGGUGAUGACCUUCGGCCUGGUGUACACCGUGUACGCGACGGCGAUCGACCCAAAGAGGGGGAACCUCGGGACAAUCGCGCCGCUCGCCAUCGGGUUCAUACUGGGAGCCAACAUACUGGCGGGCGGCCCGUUCGACGGCGCGGCGAUGAACCCGGCACGGGCGUUCGGGCCGGCGCUGAUCGGGUGGAGGUGGAAGAGCCACUGGGUCUACUGGGUGGGGCCGUUCCUGGGGUCGGCGCUGGCCGGACUGGCCUACGAGUUUCUGCUGAUCCCGGCGGAGCCGCCUCGCACGCACCAACCUCUGACUCCCGAGGACUACUAA